AUGUUGCUACUCGAACUCGAUGUUGAUCGUCAAGUGCUGAUUGAUGUGAUCGUAAGGCGGAUAGCUAAUGGAGACAAGCUUGGUGUCGUUUCCUUAUCUUUGCUGGAUUCGCUUCUACAGAUUGGUUGUGAAGAUUUAAUGUUAGUUAUGGUUCUGCGACGUCUUUUACCCAUGCCCCACGUAAGCCGCUCUCAGCUGAGUAAAGUCAGAGACAAAUCGCAAGCAGUCACCUCUGCUGAACGAUUACUCCAAUGUGUACCUCAGUGUAUGCUCAUCUUCCCUGAGAUCUGCUCGGAAGACACUAUGACGUUAUAUCUUCAAGAAGGUGCGCAAUUAGAGGAGAAACGAGCACGAUCAUGUUCCGCAUGGAAAUGGCAAGAGCAUGCAAGAGCAUGCCAAUAUGAGCAAAGCCCAUCAUGA